UCAACCUUUCAAAUGCAGCUGAAUGUGUAUUGUUGGAUUUUUUUUAUUUUUUUUUAGAAUUAGUUCCAGCAUCGUGACUUUUCCAUCAUGUCAGAGCCCAUCACGCUCAAUGUGGGAGGAAAACUCUACACCACCUCUCUGUCCACCCUGACUAGCUUUCCAGACUCCAUGCUGGGGGCCAUGUUUAGUGGGAAGAUCCCAACCAAGAAGGACAGCCAAGGCAACUGCUUUAUCGACAGAGAUGGCAAAAUCUUCCGCUAUAUCCUGAACUUCUUACGAACUUCUCACUUGGACCUCCCUGAAGACUUUCAGGAAAUGGGCUUGCUUCGGCGGGAGGUAGAUUUUUAUCAAAUCCAGCCACUGAUUGAGGCCUUGCAGGAGAAGGAGGUGGAGCUUUCUAAAGCGGAGAAGAAUGCCAUGCUCAACAUCACCCUCGAUCAGAAGACCCAGACCGUUCACUUCACCGUCAGAGAAGCACCACAGAUCUACAGCCUGUCUUCCUCCAACAUGGAAGUGUUCAGCGCUCACAUCUUCUCCACAUCAUGUCUGUUCCUGAAGCUUCUGGGUUCCAAACUUUACUAUUGCUUCAAUGGAAACCUCUCUUCAAUAUCCAGCUACCUGCAGGACCCCAACCAUUUGACCUUGGAUUGGGUUGCAAGUGUGGAAGGCCUGCCAGAAGAAGAAUACACCAAGCAGAACUUAAAGAGACUCUGGGUGGUGCCAGAUAAUAAGCAAAUCAAUAGUUUCCAGGUAUUUGUGGAAGAAGUGUUAAAAAUAGCCAUGAGCGAUGGUUUCUGCAUAGAUUCUUCUCAUCCUCAUACUUCAGAUUUCAUGAAUAAUAAGAUUAUUCGCCUAAUUCGGUACAAGUAGGAAUGGCUGUUUAUUGUGGUGCCAGCACGGAGAUAACACAGGUUAAGUGUUUCCCUUUAAAACACACUUACAGCCUAAUUCAGAAUCGUGCUUAUCUGGAUUAAGAGUCACUAACAGGGAGAUGAUUUUCCUUUAAUGUAUUUACCAAUACGACCUCUCAGAAUAUGUCCAUAUUCUAGACAGAAGGAAUAUUGUCUAGCGCCCGACUUAAGGAUUGGUUCCGUCUCUGCCUCCACCUCUGACCUGCUGUACAAUUGUGGGGAAAAUCACCUAACUUCUGUCCUUCUUACAUCUUCCACUUGGAAAAUGGGCAUGAUCCUCAACCUAUACUGCAAGGGCGAUGUGACGGUUCAGUAAUCAAGGCCUGGAAGGCUUUCUGGAGAUCAGCGGCGGUGAAAGAUGCCAUGGAGCUCCAGCCCAGAGGACAUUUUUGAUGUCUCGCCGUAUCACCUGUGCGGAGCAUCCGAGAAGUUUGGUUGGAUCCACAGAGAAGAAGCCUCCCCACAUGCACCUGCUCAAAAUAACUGUAAAUGAUGGUGCAAACUGCAAAUGAGUCGGGUGCCCGUCUGUUUGGGUUCAACAAAGGAUUUCUGUCACCAUCUGAAGCUGACUCUUUUUUUUCUGAACCUCGUGAGGAAGCCCUCACUCUGGUCUGCAGUCAGGAAAGCCAUGUUUGAAUGAUGUGACUGGCACAGGGAACGACCAAGGAACCCAUAGCAGAGAGAACGGUCUUCUUACAAACCAAGAAGAUUGGAACCAGUGGGGGAACUUUGCUUUGGAUGCUCUUAAACCUUUACUUUUACAUUCCAAAGGCAGCCAAGACAACUAGUCCUUUUUUUUUUUUCUCUUACAAUGUUGUAUUUGUCUGGAGGAUGCUGCUGAAAAACACUUUCUGAGGUGGAGACAUUAAGAGGGCAGAGGUGUCCAAAUACCUUCUGGAUGUUUGAGCCUCUUCUGCCUGGGCAUGGCCACCUCUUGGGCACGUCUCCCUUCAGCAGUGCCUAGAGUGCACGGGAUGCUCUCUGGGUAGGAUGGAUUCCAUUUGAAAAGACAACUUUCCCAGGUUUUUCAUUACAGAACCAGAGGCUCACUUUUCCUAUCCCGGUUGACAUUGAGCCAAUUUAUUUUUUACAUCAUCGUGAAACGCCCAGGUCACUAAAAUGGCAUUUUAUCCACUUGCUUGUCUUUGGUGUCAGACUGUUGGAGGCAAAGCAGUGAGAAGCCAGAGGUGAUGACAACGGUCAAGCUCUUUCCUACAGGCACAGUCUGUGCUGUAAUGAAGACCAUAAUCCACUGGCUGCACGCGAGCUCUAAACAUCAUUUGUGACACAUUCAAGGUGGUUCAUUCUCAGCUAAUUAUGCCUAAAAUCGCUGCCUUUCCCUAACUAGAUCGCUACGUGCGCGUGAGAGACCCCUCUGGAACAUUUCCCGUUAUCUCUAAUGAGACAGAAAGGAAAAUGCAAUAAUUUAAGUUUUGCAUUUAGAAUUUUAGUGCUUCCAAAAGUUCUUAGCACGGGGCUGCGAAGCUCGGUGUUGCUCGUGUUCUCAUUUCCCAGAGGAACUGGUCUGUUGCUGCAUUAAGCUGACCAUGAACAAGCAUAAAGAAGCAUUUUGUUGCUGUUGUAAAAUACAGUGAGAUAAAUAUAUUUCUAAUAAUUGCAUGAACACCACAAAUGAGCACGCUGAGGGUAAAAAUGCACGUUCUGCAGCUGCCGGCAGCCUGUUGCAAACCACUUCCCACUUGGUGCUAAACCUGCAUGAGAUACAUGGGACCACGUUGUUAGGAAGCACCGACUGGGCUUGAAGCCCUCAGAGCCAUUAAACCUGGCAAGUUUUGUGAAUUUUGAGGACUGUAAACAGGGUUUUGUGGCUAAAUUCCAACCUGAGUCACCAUGUUCUUCUAGUUGUAGUUACAUUAGGAAGAACUUCUUUUUCCCCAUCCCUGUCCCGAAUUACAGAGAGGGAGUAAUCUGUUCCAUGGGUUGCUGUUUGCCAUUGACAAAGCAAUGCAACUCCUGGGUGAAUCUUAUUUCUGACAUGAGUUUGCCACUCAGUUGGACAUUCACAGUGAUGAUCUAUGCAGGUAAUACGAUUGUGAUCUGUGAAAAUACCAUACAUGAACCCUCUUUCAUCAAAUCGAUGCCUUGAAACAGAUCUGCCUUUGCUGAAUUUAUGCUAACAGAAGUUUUGGGGGCUUUUGGCACUAUUUUUUAGCCCAUGCCCUUGAGAGUAGAUUUUAAAUGAUCUGUAACAGGAGCCCUUGUAUGUCAGGACUAAAAUAAUAUUUACCUGUAGUAAUUUGUUUGCUGUCAGCUUGAGUUUAUUCAAAGGUAAGAGCAGUGGGCUUAAAUCUGGUUUGGAAGGAGUCUGCUCUAGAGCUGUGGAUCAGUACUGCUGCGUUCUGCUUUAGAAAAAUAAAAUAAAAAUAUUCCCUGGGA